CCGGACGCGUCGGUGAUGUUGCUUCCGGCAGGAAAACAAACCAGGAUAUCCAUGUAAAAGAGAACUGUUAGUUUGCUGCGUUAUUCACGCAUAAUUAACCCGAACCCCAUUUUAAAUGUCUGUCUGAAGCUUAACUGUCAAACAUGAGCGUCACUUUGGACAUACGACUGAAAAGAGCGAAUAAAGUUUAUCAUGAAGGGGAGGUGGUGGCUGGUGUCAUCGUGCUGGUGUGUAAGGAGUCGCUGCAGCACCAUGGCAUCACUCUGAACAUGGAAGGACUGGUGAACCUGCAGCUCAGUUCCAAGAGCGUCGGUGUCUUUGAGGCAUUUUACAACUCGGUCAAGCCCAUCCAGCUGAUCAGCAACAACAUUGAAGUGGCCAAAGCAGGAAAGAUACCAGGUGGAAAGACUGAGAUUCCCUUUGAGUUCCCUCUGCAGGCUAAAGGCAACAAAGUGCUGUACGAAACUUACCAUGGUGUCUUUGUCAACAUUCAGUACACGCUGCGCUGUGACAUGAAGCGCCCCCUGCUGGCCAAAGACCUGAGCAGGAACUGUGAGUUCAUCGUACACUGUCAGCCGCAGAAAUCUAAAAUUGCUCCAACUCAGGUCAACUUCACCGUCACUCCAGACACCUUAGAGAACAUCAGAGAGAGGAGCUCUCUGCCCAAGUUUCUGAUCCGAGGCCAUUUAGACGCCACCAACUGUGUGAUCAGCCAGCCUCUGACCGGAGAGGUGCUGGUGGAGAACUCGGACACUCCCAUCAAAAGUAUUGAGCUGCAGCUCGUGCGAGUGGAGACCUGUGGUUGUGCUGAAGGCUACGCCAGAGACGCCACCGAGAUCCAGAACAUCCAGAUCGCAGAAGGCGACGUCUGCCACGGCCUCUCCAUCCCCAUCUACAUGGUGUUUCCCAGACUGUUCACCUGCCCCACGCUGGAAACAACCAACUUCAAAGUCGAGUUUGAAGUGAACGUCGUUAUUGUGCUGCACGACGAUCAUCUGAUCACAGAGAACUUCCCGCUGAAGCUCUGCAGAGUCUGAACCUGGAGCUGAGGCCGUGCAGUCAGGUUCACCACGACUGUGAGACUCUGUGAAACCACAGCGUUGUUGUGUCUUAUCUGAAGUUAUCUGCUCCUCUAGAGCGGUUCAUAAAUGAAGAAAAGCUGCUCACCUCCAGUGGGAGAUCAGCACACCUUCAUCUACUAAAUAAGAACUUUGAGCUCAUGAGAAAUUUGGAGGAAAAAACUCUUUUAAAUGUUGUUUUUGUGACUCUGCUAAUGAUUUACAAUGAUUUGUCAUCCUUCUGAUUAACAGUGUUCAAUUGUGAUACAAUAUUAAAUCUGUCAGUAUUUAA